CGGGAACUUCUCCGAAGAGGGAGAGAGAAAAAAAAACCGUUCGAUUCAAUCUCUUGACGAAUUUUUCUUAAGCUUUCCUUAUUGGGAUUUGAAGAUUCCGAGUGGUUGUUAUGAUGAUAAUGUGGGUUUGAUUAGUUCUUGACAGUUUCUCUACGCUAAUGGAUUCUUCUCUCGAUGGAGCUGCAGGUGACUCAUCGAAAUGCAAUGAAAUGAGUGUUGAUGAGAAGAGACAGCUUGUUUAUGAACUGUCGAAGCAAUCACAUCUAGCUUCUGAGGUCUUGCAGGCAUGGAGCCGGCAAGAGAUUCUACAGAUCUUAUGCGCAGAAAUGGGAAAAGAAAGGAAGUAUACUGGCUUGACCAAAGUCAAGAUCAUCGAGACCCUUUUGAAAAUUGUAUCCGAGAAAAACUCUGGAGAGAAUGAAGGGAAGAAGAGAGAUUCUGAUUGUUUGCCUAUUCAGAGAAACACAAAGAGACAAAGGAAGGUCGAUAAUCCUUCUCGGUAUGUGAUUCCAGCAAGCAACAAUGUAACAAGCAACAAUGCUUCAGGGAGCUGCAACUCGGUUAAUACUAAAGGUGAGAGUACUAUCUACUGCAAGAAUUUGGCUUGCCGUGCUGUAUUGAGACAGGAAGACUCAUUUUGCAGAAGGUGUUCCUGUUGCAUCUGUCGUAAGUAUGAUGAUAACAAAGAUCCUAGUCUCUGGUUAACAUGUAGCUCAGAUCCUCCAUUUGAGGAUGAGUCUUGCGGAUUCUCGUGUCAUCUUGAAUGUGCUUUCAAGACUGAAAAAUCCGGUCUUGGAAAAGACAAGCAAAGUGAGGGAUGCUGCUUCUAUUGUGUCUCUUGCGCAACUACACCUCCGGAUGUUGCUGCAUUACCUUCAUCUCGCAGCUCCAAGAUGCAGCAAGAUUGUUCUUAUGUAUUGAGCAAUGAGAUAUCUGCAGAUACAGCAACCACAGGAUCAACCAAGAUCAGAUUUGUUGUCUCUGGAUUAGCUCCAGCUUCCGAGUAUUGCUUCAAAGUUGUGUCCUAUAGUGGAACCAGAGAAAUGGGCGUCGAUGAAAUCAAUGUUUUGACACGUAGCGCUGAAGAAGGAGUGAAUUGCUCUUCGGGAGUCGAAAGAAGCGAAAGCCCUCUCACAAAUUGCAGCACAUUGUCUUCUAAUCCUUCUUCUGUCGAAGCUGAGUCCAACAACGAUUACAUUGUCCCAAAGAAGCCAUUAAAGAACGACGACAACAAUUCUCCUUCAGUUGAUGAAAGUGCUGCGAAAAGGGCGAAGAGGACAACCGAAUCAGACAUUGUACAGAUUGAGAAUAACGUUGAACAGAUUGUGUUGUUGGAUGAGGAAGAACAAGAAGCUGUUCUGGAUAAGAAUGGAUCCGGAUCCGGAUCUGAAACCCCAGCCCUGGUUACUACGAAAAAUCUUGCUAGUAAUCGAAACAAUUCAGAUGCGAGUUUGCCAAUUACUCCCUUCAGGUCAGAUGAAAUCAAGAACCGUCAAGCUAGAAUCGAAAAAUCGGUUAAAGACAACUGUAACAACGGUGAUCAUUCAGCGAAUGGAGGAACAGAGAGUGGACUAGAGCAUUGUGUAAAGAUCAUAAGACAGCUCGAGUGUUCAGGACAUAUCGACAAGAACUUCAGACAGAAGUUUCUGACUUGGUAUAGCUUAAGAGCAACGUCACAAGAGAUUAGAGUUGUGAAGAUAUUCAUUGAUACGUUUAUUGAUGAUCCCAUGGCUUUAGCUGAGCAGCUCAUAGAUACUUUCGAGGACCGCGUUUCGAUAAAGCGUUCUGCGAUUGGUGGUAGCGGUGCGUCUGCGGUUGUUCCAUCUGGAUUCUGUAUGAAGUUGUGGCAUUAGAGCUGAGAGAUUUGGGAACUUCUGCUCUGUUUUUUUCAAGUCA